ACGAACACCCGUUGUCAACCCAAACACCCUCACAACCGAUACAAUGGCCAAGCUUUCGCGCGGUGCCCCCGGUGGCAAGCUCAAGAUGACUCUGGGUCUCCCAGUCGGCGCGGUCAUGAACUGCGCGGACAACUCUGGCGCCCGUAACCUCUACAUCAUCUCCGUCAAGGGUAUCGGUGCCCGCCUCAACAGGCUGCCUGCUGGUGGUGUUGGCGACAUGGUCAUGGCCACUGUCAAGAAGGGAAAGCCCGAGCUGAGGAAGAAGGUCCACCCCGCCGUCAUCGUUCGCCAGUCCAAGCCCUGGAAGCGUUUUGAUGGCGUCUUCCUGUACUUCGAGGACAACGCCGGUGUUAUCGUCAACCCCAAGGGUGAGAUGAAGGGCUCUGCCAUCACCGGCCCCGUCGGCAAGGAGGCCGCUGAGCUGUGGCCUCGUAUUGCCAGCAACUCCGGUGUCGUGAUGUAAAAGGGGAACUGCUUCGAGGAGGACAAAUAACGAAGCUAGGAUUUGGUCACCGAUGCGAACGAUGAUACCGAGCAGGUCCCGCCGACAACGAUAGAGCGAGGCGGGAGCGGACCGAGGGGGAUGACCUGGCACGGGGACGGUUCUUUUUUCCUCGCUGGAUUGGAAGGCUCUGCAUUUUGGGCUGCGGCGUGUAAAGGGAGACUUCAUACCAGGCAUUCGCAUCAAGGCAGAUGAAAUCCGAUGAUUUGAGC